AUGCAGCCCAGCGCGCAGACUUGCCCGUCUGUUGUCGACAUUGCGCAGCUCCCAGGAGGCGUGUGUCGAAUGAAAGCAAGUGGUGGUAGAAGGCAGGAGUAUGCUGGCCUCUCGCCGGUCUUGUCUGACAAACUGGGAAAGGAACGGCGUCGACGGCAACUCCCGAAGGAGCUUCUCGCGACUCUCCCGCCUUGCAGCAGACGUGCUCGCUUUUCCACUGCGCGUGUGAGGGACGAUUCUAGAUGGCCAGGCUGGGACGUCGUAGUGGGCAUCGAGGUCCACGCGCAGAUCAAGUCGAGAGUGAAGCUGUUCUCUGAUGCGUGGACACCAGACUAUAACUUACCGGCCAACACAUCCGUGUCUCCCUUUGAUGCCGCGUUUCCGGGAACAUUACCUCGUUUGAACCCGAAAUGCGUUGAGCUCGGUGUGAGGACCGCGCUCGCACUGAAUGCCGAUGUGCAGCGUCGUUCUGCGUUCGACCGCAAACACUACUUCUAUGCUGACCUACCGUCGGGGUACCAAAUCACCCAGCACUACGCACCAUUUGCUACGGAUGGCCGCCUUGAGCUCGAGAGAGACCAGACGUAUGUCCGUAUCAAGCAGAUUCAGCUCGAGCAGGACACCGGGAAAUCUACGUAUGACCCAAGACGGAAAGAAUCUGCUAUUGAUCUGAGCCGUGCCGGAGCUGGUCUUAUGGAGAUAGUGUCUGAACCCGACAUACGGUCACCGGAGGAAGCUGGACGGUACGUACGUGCCCUCCAGGCAUUGCUGCGCGCCGUCGGUUCUAGCGACGGGAAUAUGGAGCAGGGGUCCUUACGUUGCGACGUCAACGUCUCUGUCAACAAGCGAGGCGAGCCUGCCGGCACGCGUUGCGAGGUCAAGAACCUCAACAGUGUGAAGUUCAUUAUGGUCGCCAUCACUUCGGAAGUCCGUCGCCAGAUCGACCUAUUGGAGAGCGGGGGCUCUGUCUCACAGGAGACGCGUGGAUUCAACGAAGACGCGGCCGAAACGUAUUCAUUACGAAGCAAGGAAGAUGCUCCUGACUACAGGUAUAUGCCAGACCCGAAUCUGCCGCCUUUGCUCCUCGACGAGGCAUACAUCUCGCGCAUCCGGACAGAUAUGCCAGAGCUUCCUGACGCAACAAUAGCUCGUCUAGUGGAAAUGGGGUUAUUGAGGAGGGACGCUGAUGUCCUCAUGGACGUCACUCCGGCAGGGAGGAUAACGCAUGAGCUGCUGGGACAAUUGGCCUUCCGCAACGAACCCUUCUUCAAAAAUCCCAUUAGUGCCGAACAAAUGGGCGGACUGGUCGACUUGGUGCAGAGCGGGAAGCUCACUGGUUGGGACGGCAGGAAAGACGCUCCUUCGAUACAUGCUGGACAAACCUUCCAGUCAGACACCAUCGGAACUAGCGAGCGGCUGUCCCUCCUGGCCGCCGGCGACGAUAGUGCGGCCCUACAGCAGUGGUGCGCCGAGGCGAUUGCUGCUCUGCCCCAAGAGGCGGAUGUCGUGCGUGGCGGGAACGUCAACGUGCUCAACAAGAUUCUCGGCCGUGUCAUGAAGUCGAGUAAAGGAAGGGCAGAUGCAAAAGCCACGAGAGCGAUGCUUCUCAGUUACUCAAGGGGAGUAGCCUGA